GACGUCAUCGGUUCAGAUCUUUGUUUACCUUGGAUGAGGGGGGCCACCGCCGAGACACAUUUCGCGAUGCCUCCAUCCAAAGUUAACCACACGCAAUAAUGGCGGAACGAGAUUCCACAUUUGAUAUACAAGAUCAGGACGAUAAACAGUCCAGUGUUUUAAACACGUCCACAACCUCGGCUCGAGUCAGCCGAACAAGUCGGCGGUUCCAAGUUUUGGAGUCUCAGGGGUUCAUAGUUGGCAAGAUUCUCGGCACGGGGUCUUACGCCUGUGUCAGAUCAGCGUACGACGUCAAUCGAAAACACAAAGUGGCGGUCAAGAUAAUUUCCAAGAGAAAGGCGCCUGAAGACUACCUGACAAAGUUUCUUCCACGCGAAAUAGAUGUGAUCAAGGUUCUGAAACACCCGUCCCUGGUCGCGUUCUACCAGGUCAUCGAGACGACCACACGAUACUUUCUAAUCAUGGAAUUAGGUUGUGUUGAUCUUUUGGACACGAUACGCGAGGAGAAGAGCAUUGAAGAGGAUGUUGCAGGGGUAUGGUUCUAUCAACUCCAAGACGGCAUGCUGUAUAUGCAUAACAAAGGCAUUGUCCAUAGAGACAUCAAAUGCGAAAACCUUCUCUUGGACUUCAAAAAAGACCUAAAGGUCACCGAUUUCGGAUUUGCUAAGAAGAUGAUAAAGAGCAAGUCUGGAGAAGUGAAACUUAGUGAGACUUACUGCGGAAGCUACGCAUAUGCUCCUCCCGAAAUUCUCAAGGGACAGGCGUACGACCCCUUCUUGGCUGAUGUGUGGAGCAUCGGGGUCGUUCUAUUUACAAUGCUAUAUGGCCGUCUCCCCUACGAUGACUCAAAUCACAAGAAACUGCUGAAGCAAGUUCAGAGUCGGGUUUCAUUUCCGUCGAAACCGGAAGUGAGUGAACCUUGUCGAAUUUUAAUUUUGAAAAUGCUCACAAAAUCCCAAGAUCGGAUUCCAUUGGGAAACGUUCGAUUUGACCCCUGGUACAGGAAGUACAAGCCAAAUGCAGCUGAAUCAACGGAAUUUAUACAUCCAUGUGGUUCUGUGGCCCUAUGCAAGACCGAAGCAUUGGAUAUAGCGUCGCCAUUAGCAACCAUAGAUUCUAUAAUUCCAACGGAAUAGUUGUUCCACUUUACAUUCAACAGAAAUUCUAGAAGCAUGGACAGUUCCAUGUACUUUGUAGAUGAUCUUUAAAUAAAAUUUACUUUUUCAACAACAUUAA